CUUAUCUGAUGAAUUCAUACAUCAACUUCUUAAUUUCAGAAAGUAACUUCUUUGAAUGCUACCGUGGAGAGGGCACAAAUUCCCACUGUUAUGAAAACUGAUCUCAAGGCCAAGCUCUCAGUCCUCCAGAAUCAAGUUAUAAAGGCCAAAAAGAAGAUAGCUGCAGAGAAUAUACAAAAAGCCGUUAAAGCUGCCUCAGAAAUGGCUGAAGCUGCAGCUGAUGGUGGAAAAGCAUACUGCAUCUUGCAGAUUGGCGUGGGUUUGGACACUGCUGCAGUCCGUGAAGCAGUUGUCAAAGUCAUGGAGCAGAAGGGUAUGGCAGUUCUGGUAUUCAGCAAAGAUGAAGCUGCAAACAAAGUUUUGGUCUGUGCUGGUGUACCUGAGAAAGGUGACAAGUGCCAGCAGUUGAAUGUUAAAGAUUGGUUGAAUGCAGCUUUGAAGCCCUUAGGAGGUAAGGGUGGAGGUGGAAAAGGUGGUCUCUCCCAAGGCCAGGCAACUGAUAUAUCAAAAGUUGACGAGGCAAUGGAUGUUGCAGCAACAUUUGCAGCUAUGAAAUUAAAUUGAUGAGUAAGGCCAGUAUGUCAUUGCAGUGUUCAAUGGCCGAGGCUGAUGCAACUAUUCUAAGCAAUAUUGAUUGAUCAAGAUUUUCAAUGGGUCGUGGAGGCUGUCUCAGAGCUAACUUCCAUCAUAUACAACUGUGUGGUCAUUUAUGUUGCUUUCUGUGAGCUAACUUUUUACAUGCAGAAAGUAAAGGAAAAUUAGAGAAGAUUUAUAUUGAACUUACCUGCUUAUUGCAUACUGCAUAAUUGUUAUACACGAGAACGAUGAAAAUAGAAAGAUUUUCCUGUUGUGAUA